AUGUGGGCGAUGGCCAGCAUGAGCUUUGUGCUCAGCAUGAUGGAGAAUGGACAAGGCACCGUCGUCGCGCUAGUGAACAAGGGCAUGGAGGGCGAGCGGGCGCUUCACAAGGCCGUGCUUUAUGAACACGAGAUUCCGACACUGGGAGUGGCUGCAUAUGGACUCGGGUACUGGUCGCCCCAAGUCCUGGUUAUCGACCUGCAGGGCACAUGCUCGAAGACCAGCCCUGCUCUCCAGCUGCAGCUCGCCUCGCGCUUGGGUGCGUGGGCGACUUCCAAGCAGAAGAAGCAUUGGCGUUUGCAGGACUUCGUGCGGCGAUCGCACUUACACUGGCGAUGCCUCGACUGCUCAGAAACCUGCAGUUUGGACGCUGCCUUGGCCAAGCAAGUGAAGCAGCUGGUGGAGGAGAAGCAGCUGAAGGACCGGAAGGGCCGAGAGCUCUUGCGGGCGGUGAUGAACACAAGCCUGAACGAGGUGGAGUUGGAGAGGGAGGAGGAGCUCAAGCUUGAAGCGAAGGUGGUGUUCAUGUUGCAUACAAGCCUAGAAAAGCACAGGCGGUAUCAUGAUCAGCAGAAGGCAGAGGACUACUACCGCAGCCUCAUUACCGAAGCAGCACUUCACCAUCCUUUCCCAUGGAGCCCUCACAGCCGGCAUGUGGUGAAGCCGCAGGAUCUGCUCGAGGAGAACGCAGAUGCCAAUACAGCAGACCGCGCUGGUUGGACGGUUCUUCGCGUAGCGGCCGAGGCGGGUCAUGCGGAGGUGGCGGCGCUCCUCCUGCAGCACCACGCAGACCCCAACCUCCCCGAUGAGUUCGGCAACUUGCCCCUUCACAGGGCUGCGAAUGAUGGUGCUUCUUCGGCUGUGGUAGCAUUGCUCCUUGAGCACAGGGCGGAGGUGAAUCCUUGCAAUGAGGAUGGCGAAACGCCCCUCCACGACGCUGCCGCUUCCACUUCUGGUCACGUGGAGGCGGCAGCACUGCUCCUCGAAUACAAAGCUGUGGUCGAUUGUCCUGGUCGGGGCGGCGCAUCGCCCCUCCACAGGGCUGCCGAAACAGGUCAUGUGCAAGUGGCGGCGCUGCUCAUCGAUCACAAGGCUGGGGUAAAUAUUCGUGACCAGCCAGUGACAGGCGACAUGCCUCUUAAUGGUCCAAUUCGGGCCGGCGCAUCGCCCCUCCACCUGGCUGCCGACGAAGGUCAUGUGCAAGUGGCGGCGCUGCUCAUCGAUCACAAGGCUGGGGUAAAUGUUCGUGACCAGUCAGGCGACAUGCCUCUUCAUAAGGCUUCCUUUUGGGGUCAUGCGGAGGUGGUUGCGCUGCUCCUUGAGGAGAGGGCUGAGGUAAGUCCCAGGGACAAUCUCGGCGGAACGCCCCUCUGCUGUGCUACCGAAAGGGGUCACACGGAGGUGGUCACGCUGCUUAAGCAGCACGGUGCGACACUGCCCCCCGGGUUCAGACGUUCCGAUGAGCUGGACUGGAUGAUUUUUAAAGAAAGCUGA